CGCAUACUCAUUAAACCUACAAUUAUAAUGAAGUCCUCUUGCAGUUUUUGGUAUAUAAAGUUCCACACCCUUCUCCCUCAAAACAACCAAAACCAAACACAAAUCAAUAACAUACUAAAUGGCUUCAAGAAAACCAAAGGCCAAACCGGUUAAUCGCCAAUCUGUGAGGCACCCAAGUCACAACCAUCCGCUGCGUGUCUUUAAAGCCAAAGAAGAGGAUGAGACCGCAUGCUCUGGCUGCGAGCUAGAGCUGACCGGGCAAGCUUUCAAAUGUAUAAAGUCAGAGUGCGAUUACUUCUUACACAAGUCAUGUUUCGACCUUCCUAGUGAGACCAAUAACAAGUCUCACCAGGACCACCCUCUGACCUUGCUUCAUUCCCCACCAGAUGAUCGGUCUGUCUACACGUGUGACGCGUGUGACCAAUACGGAUCUGGAUUUUCUUACCAUUGCUCAAACUGCAACUACAGUCUUCAUGUGGGAUGUGCGUUUAUCCCUGAAACCGUAGAUCGUGAAGAUCAUGAACAUCCACUCACUCUUCUUUAUUGCACACCGUGUAAAGGACGUGAAGACACGUACUUCACUUGCAGCGCUUGUGAUGAAACUAUUUCAGAAGAUCUAUGGAUGUAUUACUGUAAGGAUUGUGACUAUGGAACACAUCUACACUCAUGUGCGGCAUAUGAAGACCAAGGGAAAGAAGAAGAAGAUGAAGACGAAGAAGGAGAAGCGAGUUCUCCAGCUUCUAGGAUAAAGUCGUUGAUGAAGGCGCAAGACGAGAUGGCGGCUAUGCAGCUAGAGGCACGUAUUGAGAAUGAUGCGAGGAAUGCUGCACUUGAUCUGUGGGAUGAACCAAAACGUAGAUACUAUUGGUGAUCAAGAAGGGACGAAUAUAUUUAUGAAUAUUGAUAUUUUUCUUUGCGAAAUAUGGUUUCCAAAAAUAAAGAAACAAUAGAUAUAUUACUCUUUCUUGUUUGGUUCUUGUUUAUUUGUGUGGAUUUAAUCAUAAACACUCGUGUGUAAGUUGUUUAUUUUGCAAUAUGAAGAAGAAGAAAAAAUUUAAGUUGAUUUGAAGAUUUGUUUU